AUGGGUACGAGUCGUAAUGAAAAUAUUAAUCAACGCUAUUUAUUCUCUAUUGAUGACGAAUCAGAACAAUUAUUAGAACCAAUAUCAGGUUAUGCUCAUGAACCACUUCUAUCAUUAGAAGAAGCAUGUGAACCACUUCUUAAUAUUAUUUCACGUUUACCAGUCCAUAUUUGGAUUGCUAAACAAAAUUCAAAAAAUCCUUCUGAUGAUCUUACACAAGAUGAAUCGGCUGCUAUUCGUCUAUAUACAAUGGAAUGGGAUUCGAAUACUAAAGAAGCCAAUGGAAGUCUUUAUGCACAUCUUAAUCGAACUCUCAAAGAAAUUGAUCGAACAAAACUUCAUCCAUGGUUUCGAUAUUUAAAAUUAUUUCUUACAGCAUUAGCUAAACUACCAGUAGCUCCACGUCAAACAGUUUGGCGUGGUUUACAUUUAGAUCUUAGCAAAGAUUAUCUCCCAGGCGACAAAAUAACAUGGUGGGCCUUUUCAUCUUGUACAACAUCAUUAAAUGUUCUUGAAUCUGAUUUAUAUUUGGGAAAUGUUGGAACAAGAACUCUCUUUUCUAUUGAAACAAUCAAUGGUCGAACUAUUCGUUCACAUUCUCAUUUUACUAUUGAAGAUGAAAUUUUAUUAUUACCAGGAACAUAUUUAGAAGUAAAAUCUCAAUUAAAUCCAGCACCUGAUUUAUAUAUUAUUCAUUUACAACAAAGAAUUCCGCCUCAUGUUCUUCUUGACCCACCGUUUGAAGGUGCUCAACUUUUUUCAUUAUCGGAAAUUGAUCAAGCUAUGUUCAAAGACACAAUUUUACAAAACAACAAGUAUAACUCUCGGCCUUGGUAUAAGAAUAACAAGAUACGGUUCGGUUUAGUUGCUGUAUUAGCAGUAGUAAUUCUUGCCGUCAUAUUAGGAGCUACAUUAGGUACUCGAAAUAAAACACAAACAGAAACCUCAUCGAGUACAACUUCUACUAGUCAGUAUAUUCUAAUUACAUUAGUCUUUUACAAAGAGGAACAAUAUUUUCUUUCUCCAUUACUUAUAGCUACUGAAGCAUCAUCUUUUUAUAAUCAAACACUAGCUGAUCCAGUUUCUGUUGCCAAUGCAUUCUAUGCAUUCGAUGGAAAUUUGUUUGAUCUUUAUUCUCAGCGUAAUGGAGAAGUUGUAGGUGGGUCUAUUAGUUAUAUACAAGGUUAUGUGGCUUAUGGACAAGCUAUUGUUUUGAAUCAGUCUAUUCCAACUCAAAUCAAUGUAAAACCUAAUUUCGAUUUCAAUGUAAGUUCAUCUUUUACUAUCGAAGGAUUUUUCAUGUUGCGAAAAACUCAAUUGAAUGCAACUCUUAUUCAACUUAUGCCAUUUAUAUCAAUGAAUCUAAUUAAUGGUGUAUUAGCUGCAUCAUUAGGAUCAAAUAUUACUCUAUUAGGUACUUCAGUAAUUUCAACCAAUCAAUGGCAUCAUUUUAGUUUUGUAUCUGAUUCAAUUCAACAAAUAACAACUAUUUCUAUUGAUGGAACGGUUGAAAAAACACAAUCUUCUAUAGAACCAGUAAUUCCUUUAAAUAAUAGUACAUCAAUAAUUAUAAUUGGUGCUGGAUUUCAUGGUUAUAUUGAUCAAUUAUCCAUUUCAUUAAAAGCAAAAUCUCGGCAAGCAAUUUUAUGGGAUGCUACAGUUGCUGCUUAUUAUCCAUUAGAUGUUUCAUGGUUACUUGAUAAAGGACCAAAUGGUUUGAAUGCCACAGCUUCAGAUGUUAUACCCAUCUAUGGUUGGCACUUUAAUGCUCUUAAUUUCAAUAAAUCUGGUGCUUAUUAUGAAGCAAGUGGAUUUACUGUACUUGGAACACCACGUCAUGCAUUUUCAAUAGCUUUAUGGGUACGAGCUGAAACUCAACCUGGCAUAUUUCUUACUGUAGCUAAUCCAUAUACAUGUUUACUCGUUCUUGGAUUUCAAAAUGAUAGUAAUACUCUUGUUGCUUACUUACCAAAUGCAACUGCAACAGGUGAUAGUGUAAAUAUUAUAGGGCCACAAAUGCCAAGUAAUGCAUGGGUACAUGUAGCAUUUACGUGGAGUACUGAAAAUCGAGCUAAACUCUAUACAUCAUCCUAUCUUCAAGGUGCUAGUGGCGAAGCAAGUAUACUUAAUAAUGCUCGUGGUGAUCAUAAUAGUUCUCCAAUGAUAAUAACACUUGGUAAAUAUAAUGGUGCAGCAAAUUGUGAAGGUAUUGAAGGAAUUUCUCCGUCACAGACAUUUAUGGGGUCAUUGGAUGAAAUUGAUGAACGAAAACAAUUAUUAGAACCAAUAUCAGGUUAUGCUCAUGAACCAGUUCUAUCAUUAGAAGAAGCAUGUGAACCACUUCUUAAUAUUGUUUCACGUUUACCAGUUCAUAUUUGGAUUGCUAAACAAAAUUCAACAAGUCCUGCUGAUGAUCUUACACAAGAUGAAUCAGCUGCUAUUCGUCUAUAUACAAUGGAAUGGGAUUCUAAUAGUAAAGAACCAGAUCUUAGUGAAGAUCAUCCACCAGGCAAAAAAAUAACAUGGUGGGCCUUUUCAUCUGGUACAACAUCAUUAAGUGUUUUUGAAUCUGAUUUAUAUUUGGGAAAUGUUGGAACAAGAACUCUCUUUUCGAUUGAAGCAAUCAAUGGUCGAACUAUUCGUGCUCAUUCUCAUUUUACUACUGAAGAUGAAAUAUUAUUAUUACCAGGAACAUAUUUAGAAAGAAAAAGAUAUGUACUCAAUGCUGUCCUAACAGCAUUACUAAUUAUUUUUGUUGUUCUUCUGGCAACACUUUUAGCAAUUCGUAACAAAAGGAUUCAAUCAUCAACUGCAACUACUACUGUGGCUACGGAUUAUAAUAACAAUAAUAUUACUGUUUUUGCUCUAGUUUCAAUUGUUUAUGCAUUUUAUUCUUUUGAUCAUAAUGUUUUUAAUCUUAAUUACCUUCAUGAUGGACAAGUAAAAGGAGGUAUUGAAAAUUAUGUACAAGGUAAUAUCGAUACUGGUGAAGCUAUAGUCUUCAAUGAAUCAUAUCCUACUUGA